CGGGAGGCAAGUUCAACUUCACGUCUAUAAGGUCCAAUUGGGGCACAUAAUCGAAACAAAGGCCAUUUUCAAGCCCGCGAAUAGGUUGGUAGAGUUGGAGAAUUACUUAUACUUUGAAAAAAAAAAAAAAAAUGGCGGCCAAAGGUACCAUGAAGGCAGUCGUAUUCAAGGGCCCCUACAAGGUCGAGUUGGAGGACCGACCUAUCCCGCAGAUUCAAAGCCCAAAGGAUAUCAUUGUUAAGGUUACAUACACAGCGCUUUGCGGCAGUGAGCUUCAUGUCUUCCGUGGCCACCAGCCGUCUGGGGCGGGAUUCAUCAUGGGCCACGAGUACACUGGCAUUGUGACAGAAGUCGGAAGUGAUGUCAAGACGGUGAAACCAGGAGACAAGAUUGUUAGCCCAUUUACGUCGUCAUGCGGAGAAUGUUUUUACUGUAAACGAGGAUUCUCUUCGCGCUGCGAACAGAGUCAGUUACUGGGGUCGGCGACGUUAGAUGGUGGCCAGGCUGAAUAUGUUCGAAUGCCAAAUGCUGAUGGCACCGUAAUGAAAGCACCAGAGGGAAUCAACGACCAUGCUUUGGUUCUGAUGGCCGAUAUCUUCCCCACAGGUUAUUUCGCAGCGAGCAACGCAUUCAGGGAGUUUACCAAGGAGCAAAUUUCGGAGCUGACGGUCGUCUUGAUCGGUUGCGGCCCGGUCGGCCUCUGCGCUCUUAUAAAUGCAGAGGACUAUAAGCCCAAGCACCUUCUCGCAGUUGACUCCAUCCCAUCACGGCUAGAACUGGCCAGGUCGCUGGGCGCGGAACCAUGGAAUUAUCAAACUGAUCGGGAGGGAUUGGACAAGCGGGUAAAGGAGCUGACAGAGGGUCGUGGUGCUGAUGUGGUUAUCGAAGUUGUCGGGUUGAGUCCCGCCCUCAAGAUGGGCUUUGAGUUGCUCCGGCCUUGGGGGACGAUCAGUAGCGUCGGAGUCCAUAACGGAGAGAUCCCAUGGACCGGAAAUCAAGCCUACGGAAAGAACUUGAAGGUGCAGAUGGGUCGAUGUCCAGUGAGAUCGAUCUUCCCACAGGCUCUCGAUAUGCUGAAGAAGAAGCAGCACCUGCUCGGGUUUAUGGCCGACAAAAUCAUGCCGCUGAGCCAGGCAGUUGAAGGGUAUGGAAUCUUCGACAAAAUGCAGGUUCAAAAGGUCAUUUUCGACGCCAGUCAAUAGACUGAAAUCGUGUACUCAAGCUGGCCACUUUCAAAGCCUCCGGGAGGGCCUUU